ACCUCAGGAGAACCAUCCCAAAUACAGCAAGCUCAGAGUACUCAAGCUAGCUAAAGCAAGCAGCUCAUACCACACACUUGAAGCUCUAGCUAGCUAAUACAAAUGGCGCCAUCAAAGCUUGCCAUGUUCCUCGCCCUGACUGUCCUCGCCUUCGCGGCGGCUGUGCACGGCUGCACGCCGUCCUGUCCUACCCCACCAGUGGUUCCCAGCCCACCGCCGCCGGUUGUGCCGACGCCGUCCGGCGGUGGGGGCUCCUGCCCAAUCAACGCACUGAAGCUGGAGGUGUGCGCCAAUGUGUUGAACCUCCUGAAGCUCAACAUCCCUGUCACGGGGAGCGACCAGUGCUGCCCGCUGCUGCAGGGGCUCGUCGACCUUGACGCCGCAAUCUGUCUCUGCACUGCUAUCAAGGCCAACGUCCUCGGCAUCAACAUCAAUGUGCCCAUCGACCUGAGCCUCCUCCUCAACCACUGUGGCAAGAUCUGCCCUUCAGAUUUCACCUGCCCCAAUUAGCUAGCGAAUGAAACAUUCCACACGCCAUCUGAAUCUUCAGCAUCUAUCCACUGCCUUGCCUGCGUUCUUGUGCACCUAUGCCGUCGGUCUAUGUGUUGGUUUGCAUCAGCAUGCACCCAUAUAUGUGUUGUUCUCUUCUGUUCGGGUUCGAGUGAGGGCUCAGGACAGGUGAUGGCAUGCAAAUUGUUGUUCUCGUUCAUUCGAACAAUAUGUUUUGUUUUUUGUCUGUAACUUCAUCAUAUACGUGAAAUAAAAGUUUAUACAAGUUGUGUCGA